UCAAACUUGAAAGCAAGUAAAAAGGGUAGCAGUAUGGAGUCUAGAGUUUGAGAAGUUACUUAUAGCAACUUUUUCUUCUCUAUCAUUGGCCUGAAUUCAAGGAACGAGAGAAGGAAUCCGAAUCCUAACAGGCAACUGCAACCUCUCCGCUCUACUCUCUCUCUCUCUCUCAUUUGGUUUCAGAAUAGGACUUGGUCUAUAGUAACACGUUCCUUAACUCUCUCCUCGUGAUUCUGUCUUCCUGAUCUGCAUUGGAGGAACUUACUUGAUCCCUUUUAGUCCCCUGAAUUUUGUUCAACAACAAAACUUGGAUUCUUUGGUUUCCUGUUUUUUCACCUCCCUGAAAUCCUGGAGUCUCAGCAACGUCUCUUAAUGUUUCUCAUUGAUACGUUGAUACAAGGUUUAAAGUUUCAUUGAGAUUUGGGAAAGUGUUGGGCUUUCAGGGAAAAGAUUCGACAUGGAGUUCCAGGAAGCUUUGAUGAAGUUAAUGGCUCAUAAAACACCAACUCAUCAUAAAGAUUUUUUUCAAGUUUCAGCGAACGAAAAAGAGAAAGUUACAAACGGUGCAGUUACCAAACAAAAAUGGAGGAUUUCAUUUCACAGGUCAUCAUCAGCUAACGUUUCGAAGACAUCUCAGGCUCAACCAAAGCAAACUCCCAAAGAAUUUUCUUGUCCAAUUUCAGGGUCUUUAAUGGCUGACCCGGUUAUAGUUCCCUCAGGUCACACCUUUGACCGAGCCUGUGUUGAAGCCUGUAAAUCCUUCGAGUUUACACCAAAUCUCCAGGAUGGUUCCAUCCCUGAUUUCUCCACUAUUAUUCCUAAUCUGGCCCUUCAAUCCACCAUUCUCAACUGGUGUCAAAAUCAUUCCUUAAACCCUCCAAAACCCCUGGAAUUUUCCACAGCUGAGAAAAUUGUCCGUACAUUAAUGGCAAGUAAUCCAAAUACCCAGAUUGCAAAAGAAGAAAAAAAGGUGUCCACUUCAGGGGAAGAGUUGAUUCAAGGGGUUGAAGAUAGUCCUUCCGUGAAAUUGGAUCAUGCAGUCACUGAGUUAACUCGGAGGCCAACUCACUUCCACUCAAGCUCGGAGGAAUCUGUUGCUGCCGCUGCCGCCGCCGCCACCACCACCACCACCACCAAUGUUGUAACACCACGAUCGCAACUCGCGACUUGUCCGAGUUGCUACUCAUCCGCUUCAUCCUCCUCCGAAAUCGUAACCUUAAACCCUAACACUAACGAAGAAGAAGAGUUUUUUCUUACAAAACUGAACAGCCCUCAAGUUUUCGACGUUGAAGAAGCACUGGUAGCAUUAAGGAAGAUCACAAGAACCCAAGAGAGUUCCAGGGUUGUUCUUUGCACGCCACGUGUACUUUCAGCUUUCAGGUCUUUGAUUACUUCCAGGUACUUUAACAUUCAAGUGAACUCAGUUGCAGUUUUGGUGAAUUUGUCGUUAGAAAAAGUCAAUAAGGUUAAGAUUGUACGAUCAGGAUUGGUUCCCGUUUUGAUUGAUGUGUUGAAGGGAGGAUCCCCUGAGGCGCAGGAGCAUGCUUGUGGUGCACUCUUCAGCUUAGCUCUAGAUGAUGAUAAUCGGACCGCCAUUGGAGUUUUGGGAGCUUUGCAACCACUCGUGCACAUGCUUAGAUCAGGGACCGAGGGGACUCGGCAUGACUCGGCCUUGGCACUUUAUCAUCUCUCACUCGUUCAGAGUAAUAGGAUUAAAUUGGUUAAAAUUGGAUCGGUUCCGGUUUUGUUAAAUAUGGUUAAAUCGGGUCACAUGACGGGUCGGAUAUUGCUUAUACUAAGUAACUUGGCUUCGGGUCCAGACGGGCGGUACGCGGUGUUGGAUUCGGGUGGGGUCGAGUGUUUAGUGAGUUUGUUGAGGGGGAGUAAGUUGGAUGAGUCGACUCGGGAUGGUUGUGUGGCGGUUUUGUAUGGACUGAGUCAUGGGGGGUUAAGGUUUAAGGGAUUGGCGAAGGCAGCUGGAGCGGUGGAGGAGUUGUUGAAGGUGGAGAGGACGGGGAGCAAGCCAGCGAGGGAGAAGGCCAGGAAGAUGUUGGAGAUAUUGAAAGGGAAGAGUGAAGAGGAGGAGGAGGAAAAGGAUGUGGACUGGGAGGCUUUGCUUGAGUUGGGGUUGAGUCACAGCCGUUUUCGACUCGGCGGAGGAAAGACCAGGUCAUGUGUGAACUCAUCCGUGUUUUGA